AUGUCUCUGCCUGCCCCGAUUUCCUCCCCUGUAAGAUGGACGUCCUCCCAACGAAAGCGUCGUGGGACCAGCGCCCACCUCCAGGGCUGUCACGAGUUCCAGGUGGCUCACGCCUGCGCAGAGGACGCGCCUUCCCGCGGCGGCGCCGGGCACCGGAGAAUCGCUACCUCGGACGUCCGCGGAGGAGCAGCCAGAGUCCAACCCGCAGAUCGCAGCGGCGCUCUGGGCCUGCGACACCGAGGAACCAACAUGGUCUCACCCCUGGCGCUGCUGGCGCUGCUGGCGCUGUCCUGGGCGACCUGGGGAGCCGAGGGAGCAGACCUCUGGGCCAGUGUCCCCAUUUAUAAAGGUGCUCUUGGUUUCCCUGCAGGAACGGGGACUGUCGUGGUCCAGGCACCUGCUCAGGUGAGCGGCCUCCUGAACGGCUCUCUGUUACUGCCCUGCCACCUGCAGCCUCUGGAGCCCAAUGCGCAGGUGACCCAAGUGACGUGGAUGCGGCAAGACUCAGAAGGAGGCCUCCACAAAGUGGCGGUCCGCCACCCGACGCGGGGCCCCAGCCUGGCGGAGCCGGAGCGGAUCAGGUUCGCGAGCGCGGAUCUGCUGGACGCCUCGCUCAGGGUGUCCGAGCUGCGCGCCGAGGACCAGGCCAACUACUCCUGCCAGUUCGCCACCUUCCCCAUGGGCAGCGGGAUCGCGUGGACCUGGCUCCGAGUGCUCGCCAAGCCCUGGAACACAGCAGAGGCCCAGGAGGUCCCCCUGAGGCCAUCCACCGGGGAACCUGUGCCCGUGGCCCGCUGCAGCUCCAAAGGGGGGCGCCCACCCGCCAAAGUCACCUGGUCCCCGUUCCUGAAUGGCUCAGCCAACAGCACCGUGGAGCCAGGACCCCUGCCGGGCACGUACACCGUCAACAGCGUCUUCACACUGGUGCCCUCCGGCCAGGCAGAUGGCAGGAACGUCACCUGCAGGGUGGAGCACGAGAGCCAGGAGGAGCCUGCCGUGCUGCUGGUGACCCUCGCUGUGCCCUACCCCCCUGAGGUUACCAUCUCUGGCUAUGACGACAACUGGUACGUGGGCCAAGAUGAGGUCACCUUGAACUGUGAGGCACGCAGCAACCCAGAGCCCACAGACUACGCCUGGAACACGACCACAGGUCCCCUGCCAUCCUUUGCUGUGGCCCAGGGCACCCAGCUCCUGAUCUCCACCAACCAAGCGAUCAACAUGACCUUCAUCUGCCGCGUCACCAACGCUCUAGGGACAAGUCAGAAGGAACAGACCAUCCUAGUCAAAGACCCAGAGGGGUCUCGCCUGAGCCCCGGCGCCAUCAUCGGCAUCGUUGUUGCCACCAUCGCCUUCGUCAUCCUCAUCGUCGCAGGGAUCCUUUAUUUCAAGCUGCACAGGGGCUGUGAUGGCCACCGCGACCGACCCAGACCUUCGGAGAACGGGGACGUCACCUACUCCCAGGUUCAGAGGGACGACCCCCUGGAUGGACCAGCCAAAAGCACAAGGUGACAGUGUCAGCACUGAACAGAGGGACAGAACUGCUUAGCCGGGAGCCUCGCUGGCGGGACCCCACCCGAUGGUGGAAGACCCCUGCAGCAGGCCAGGCCGCCCCGCGCACACCUGCAGCCUGUCCCCUCACGGUGCCGUGGGCGGCUGCGAGUUGGGAGCCCCCAGGGCCUCUUUCUGGGCUCCUCACUUGCAAGAAGAAUCCACAGGCCUCCAAGAAACCGCUGGCCUCACUCAGGAGAGCCGCCAACUCACGACGACAGGUCACCAUCAGCCAAGAGGACAGCACCGAGCAGGUCUGGGGGAGCCAUCGGGGGCUCCUCCUCUUGCCUCUCCCGGCGACUCCCAGGGUCAGCACUGAAUGCCCCCAGCACUGAUGUGACCUCGAGCCAGGGAAGCUCACCAGCGACCGGAGGGUCCCGACUUUUGUUUGUUUCUAUUGUUGUUAUUGAACUGGGAUUGAACCCAGGGACACUUAAGCACUGAGCCACGUC